AUGCUCGGUCGACAAGCCGCGACGCGCUGGUCCGCCGCCGCCUUGCCCUCACCUCGCCUCGUCGCCCCCUCGCCGCCCUCCUCGAUCCGCACGCGGCUCGCCAGCACCACCGCCAAGCCGCGAUCGAAGGCGACGAGGCGGCUGCGCACAGUCGGUACAGUCGGGCUCGGCGUCGCCGGCGUCCUCGCGUGGGACAAGCAGUUCAACGCCGACGCCAUCUCGCGCAGCCUGCGCACCUCGCUCUUUGGCAUCACGCUCGCCGCCGACUUCAAGCUCAACUUUGACACGAGCCAGCCCGACAAGAUCGACGCCCUCCACGAGCGCACCGCCCGUCGCCUCGGCGCCCUCAUCGACACCAACAAAGGCUUGUACAUCAAGUUGGGACAGGCGCUCGCCAUCCAGGCCGCCAUCCUCCCCAAGCCGUACCGCGACGCCCUCGGCAGCGUGUUCGACUCGGCGCCCAACAUCCCCUGGACCGAGGUCGUGAGCGUCUUCAAGGGCGAGUUCGGCGUCGAGCCCGAGGACGCGUUCGAGUACAUCGACCGCCAGCCGCUCGCGUCGGCCUCGAUCGCCCAGGUCCACCGCGCGCGCCUCAAGCCUGUCGACGGGCGACCAUGGCGCGACGGCGAGGGCUGGGUCGCUGUCAAGAUUCGCAGGGAGGCGAUCCCGAAGCAGAUGGAGGCCGACCUGUUCUGCUAUCGAGCGCUCCUGUGGACGUACGAGCGCCUGUUCGACAUGCCCGUUGCCUUCAUCAGCCAGUACGUCUCGGAGCAGAUGCGCAAGGAGGUCAACCUCAAGACCGAGGCGACCAACGCCGAGCGCACCGCACGAUACCUCGCCGACGAGCCUCGACUGCGGGAUCGAGUCGCUGUGCCAAAGGUCAACUGGCAGUGGACGGGCGAGAGCGUCAUGACCGCCGACUUUGUCGACGCCUGUCGCCUCACCGACAAGGAGCGCAUCGCCGCCGCCGGCUUCUCGCUCAAGCAGGUCAUGGACACGGCGACCGAGGCGUUCUCGGCCAUGGUGUUCCGGUGGGGCUGGGUGCACUCGGACCCGCAUCCGGGCAACAUCCUCGUUCGCGCCAACCCGAAGCACCCGUCGCAGCCGCAAGUCGUCCUCAUCGACCACGGCCUGUACGUCGAGAUGUCCGAGGAGUUCCGCCACCAGUACUGCCUCCUGUGGCGCAGCCUGUUUGUCGGCGACGUCAAGACGAUCGAGGAUAUCGCCGUCGCGUGGGGCAUCCGGCGCCAGAACAGCGACAUCUUUGCGUCGCUCACGCUCCUGCGCCCGCACCGCCUGCGCAAGAAGCCGCCGCCCGAGGAGCAGACGCCCGAGGAGCGCAAGAGCGCCGCCAUUGCGCGUCAAGAGCAGCAGGCCGGCCUCAAGGACCGCAUCAAGACGAUGCUCGAGAGCGAGGAGCUCAUCCCGCGCCCGCUCAUCUUCAUCACCCGCGCGAUGAGGAUGAUGCAGGGCAACAACCAGGCGGUCGGCUCGCCGUCAAACCGCAUCAACAUCUUUGCGGCCGGCGCGGCAGACGGCCUCGCGCUGUCGACGCCGGAGCACUCGCAGUCGCUGCGCGUGCUCGGCCUGCGCGCCUACACGGUCGAGAAGCUGCGCCUCGUCAUCUUCCGCGUCGUCCUCGUCUUUGUCGACGUCGGGUUCGUCCUCACGAGGAUGCGCGCGUGGGUCCAGGAGCGCAUGGGCAACAAGGGCGAGCGCAUGGAGGACUUGCUCGAGAAGCAGGUGACGGAAAUGGCGCGCUCAGAGUUCGGCGUCGAGCUCGACGACAAGGCGUUCGCCGGUUGAUCCCCUCCCUCCCCUUCCUCCUCCUCUCUCCCCCUCUCUCUCUCGCGCACACAUAUACCUCUAUAGACCCCCUUGUUGUCCCUCUCCUGUAACGAAGCAGCUCGUUGCG